AUGGGGAAGGAAAGUAUAGUAAAAGUUGCAGCGAUUGGUAUUACAAUAUUGUUGUUAUCCAUUUUGCAGGUGACAAUGGCGGUGAAGCAAACAUACAUCGUUCAGAUGGCUGGAGACGAACGGCCAAAGAGUUUCCCCGAUCACUCGACGUGGUAUGCCUCGUCUCUGGCGUCUGUGUCCGAGACAGCCGAGACGAGUUAUAUUUACGAGAAUGUUUUUGAUGGCUUCUCCACCAUCCUCACUUCCGAGGAGGCUGACCUGAUGAAGGGCCUUGAGGGGGUGAUAUCUGUUAUCCCAGAGACAAUCCACACGCUCCACACAACCCGGACCCCUCGGUUUCUUGGUCUCGAGAAAUCGAGCUCACUCCUUCCGGAUCCCCAACUUGUGAGUGAAGUCGUUGUUGGGGUCCUGGACUCUGGCGUGUUGCCACAACACCCGAGCUUCAGUGACAAGGGGCAGCUGGGACCCAUCCCGAGUAGCUGGAAAGGGGGAUGUGAAGGGACAAUCGAUUUCCCGAAAUCCAGCUGUAACAGGAAAUUGGUUGGGGCGAUGUCCUUCUCGAAAGGGUACCAAUUUUAUCUCAAUUACAGUGGGAAUAAGAAUAGCGAGCCAAUAUCCCCACGGGACUACGAUGGCCACGGGACCCACACCGCAAGCACUGCUGUCGGGUCCCCUGUCCAAGGCGCCAACCUGCUGGGCUUCGCUAGCGGGACGGCGCGGGGGAUGGCAUCCACUGCUCGGGUCGCAUCAUACAAAGUCUGCUGGAAAUUCGGGUGUUUCGGUUCCGACAUACUGGCAGGUAUGGACCGUGCCAUCAAAGAUGGCGUCCACGUGUUGUCGUUGUCCAUUGUUGGCGGUCCAACUGAUUACGACGAGGAUGUGUUCUCACUUGGAGCUUUCGCUGCAACUGAUAGAGGCAUCCUCGUUUCGUGCGCCGCAGGAAACGAUGGCCCCGACCCGUACAGCACGGGAAGCAUUGCACCGUGGAUAACGAGCGUCGGUGCGGGGACCCUUGACCGCGACUUCCCGGCGGAUGUCAUGCUCGGGGACAGAACGAGUUACGCCGGCACCUCACUCUACAGCCUUCGAAAGCCACUGUCUGGUGAUCUCGUGUACGCUGGAUAUGUGAGCAACAACGGCAGCAAUCUUUGCAUUAACGGGACCCUCACCCCAGAGAAAGUUAGAAAUAAGAUUGUGUUGUGUGACCGCGGGGUGAAUUUCAGAGAAGAGAAAGGCGCAGUGGUGAAAGAAGCUGGGGGUUUAGGGAUGAUUUUGGCUAAUACUGACAAGGAAGGGGAGGAGAUGGAAGCAGACGCUCACAUGAUCCCGGCCUUGAUGGUCGGCGCAAAGUCGGGGCGUGGGAUAAGAAGGUAUUUGUUGUCCUAUAGAUCCAAUGCCAAGGCCACCAUUAUGUUGCGAGGGGACGUCAAGCCUUCCCCGGUUGUCGCAGCCUUCAGCUCUAGGGGACCCAACCUUAUCACCCCCGAAAUCCUAAAACCGGACCUCAUUGCGCCCGGGGUGAGCAUCCUAGCUGGAUGGACAGAUGCUGAGGGUCCCACCGGCUUAGAUAUCGACAAACGCAGAGUCUUAUUCAACAUAAUCUCUGGCACGUCCAUGUCGUGCCCCCACGUCAGCAGCCUCGCGGCCCUGCUAAAGGCGGCCCACCCUGAGUGGAGCCCUGCCGCAAUUUGUUCGGCUCUCAUGACCACGGCUUACUCCAAUUACGAGGACGGGAGCCCGUUGCUGGAUGCAGCCACCAGCAACGCGUCCACCCCAUUCGAUCAUGGUUCCGGGCAUGUGUCCCCUAUCACCGCCCUCAACCCAGGCCUAACCCUUGCAGGGAAAACAACAAAAUUUCGUUGCCAGCCCAAAAAAUCAUACAGCGUCAACGACCUCAAUUACCCUUCCUUUGUAGCCACCAUUUCCCCAUCUGGAAAUUGUAAAACAACCGUGGUUUUUAGGAGAACACUCACAAACGUGGGAGAAAAUGGGACGACAUACCGAGUCUCGAUAUAUUCACCAAGACCGUCAGCCACGAUUUCUGUUACUCCUAAAACAUUGGUUUUCAGCCAAAAGAACGAAGCAAAGUCUUACAAGUUGACGGUGGUAGCAACCCAGAUGUCGCUCGGUACAAAUGCGUUCGGCAGAAUCGAAUGGUCGGAUGGGAAUAAUGUGGUGGGGAGUCCAGUUGCUAUCGCGGUCGUUUCGCCGUGUUGUCAGCCUCCUUACCGUCGAACUCCAUCGGGAUGGCCGCGAGAUUAUCAAAUACAGCAGCCGAGUAAUUGCCGGAAGUUACGAUCCCCAGAUCCGCCGGUUAGAUCGGAGCCGUCACCGUACUCGCCGGUCGCCAAGCAAUCCGACACAUUGGCCUGGACGACGGCGGCGGGCGGUGUCUGGUGGCCGGUCAUUGAAGAUGAUUGUGGGAGUAUUCACGGACGUGGCCGCGAGGUCCUUCACGGCCAAUUCACGGCGGCCAGAAUUUUGGAAGGCUGUGUAAUUUUCGUCAGCGGCUGUGAGAGAAUCGCGGCGGCGGGGAGACCGGCAGUGCAACAAUUUCACGGCGAAAUAGGUGGAGCUUCCGGCGGGGCAACAAUGGCGACGGUGGACUUGUGGUGUUCUGCGCGACGAAAAUGGCGGAGUGAGCGCCGUUCACGGAAGCUUGAGGAGACUACGUUGUCUGGCGGAGAUGCGGCUGCGAUAUGGUCGGAGUCACUGCCUGAGAUUUUGUGCGUGAGUGUGUGUGUGUGGUUUACGUCUGUGUGUGCUCUGCAGAUAAUGGCAACCUCACCGGAGAUUUUGGACGUCGACGGCGACGGCUACUGA